GAACGUCAUCCGCCUCAUACUUUUAGCUUUAGCCCAAAAAAAAAAUUAGCUUGGUGUUAAUCACAUAGAUGUAGUCUGUGUCAACGGAUAUUUUCUCUUUUCAGCAGACAAACUUUGUAAGAGUUAUCCAUUUGAUGCUUACUUUGUUUAAAGAUGCAAACAUGUAUAUAAAAGCCUUAUUCCGGUGUAGAGACAUGCUGAAAGGAGAACUUAUCGUCUGAAAUGCUUGCUAGCUUAAUCAAAGCUAGCUGACGAACAGGGGUCGAGAAUUGAAAGCGGCUAACAGCAACUAGGUUUGCCUGAAACGACAAGCCUGUCUGCUUUACCAUACCCUAUAUUCUAGGAGGAGGAAGGAUUGAGACGCUCAAUUUCUAGAAACGUAGCAGUGAGUCCAUUUAGGGCAGAGCCAUGGGGGCUUUUCUGGACAAGCCCAAGACGGAGAAGCACAAUGCACACGGUGAGGGGAACGGCCUGCGCUAUGGACUGAGCUCUAUGCAGGGGUGGCGGGUGGAGAUGGAGGACGCUCACACAGCUGUGCUGGGACUGCCAACUCCUGGCAUGACCGACUGGUCCUUUUUUGCCGUGUACGAUGGACAUGCUGGGUCAAGAGUUGCCAACUACUGCUCUAAGCACCUUUUGGAACACAUAAUCACUGCUAGCCUUGGACCUGGAUGCUCGCACGGCUCCCAGGUGGUCUCGGACGGCUCCAGCAGUGACCCUCCAGCACCACUUCCCCCUGCAGCGGAGGCUGUUAAAAGCGGGAUCCGGACAGGCUUCCUGAGGAUUGAUGAGCACAUGCGCAGCUUCUCUGACCUCCGAAACGGCAUGGAUCGCAGUGGCUCCACAGCAGUUGGAGUUCUUCUGUCACCUGAACACUUCUUCUUCGUCAACUGCGGGGAUUCUCGAGCCGUUCUGUGCCGUAAUUCACAGGUGUGCUUCUCCACACUGGACCACAAGCCUUGCAACCCCCGCGAGAGGGAGCGCAUCCAGAACGCUGGUGGCUCAGUGAUGAUCCAGAGGGUCAAUGGCUCACUCGCUGUAUCAAGAGCUUUGGGGGACUAUGAUUACAAGUGUGUGGAUGGGAAGGGCCCCACAGAGCAGCUGGUCAGCCCAGAACCAGAAGUGGUUGUAAUGGUUCGGGCACCGGAACAGGAUCAGUUUGUGAUUCUGGCUUGUGAUGGUAUCUGGGAUGUCAUGUCUAAUGAAGAGUUGUGCGAGUUUGUGAAGUCUAGACUUGAGGUGUGCGAUGACCUGGAGAGAGUCUGUAAUGAAGUGGUGGACACCUGCCUGCACAAGGGAAGCCGGGAUAACAUGAGUAUUGUGUUGGUGUGUUUGCCCAAUGCUCCCAAAGUAUCAGAGGAAGCUGUGAGGAAAGAAGCUGAACUCAACAAAUACCUGGAGACUCGAGUGGAAGAGAUGCUGUCUCGACCAGGAGAGGAGGGGAUUCCAGACCUCGUGACAGUGAUGAGGAACCUGUCUACAGACAGUGGAAUGCCAGCUCUGCCAUCAGGGGGGGGUCUUGCUAGCAAGCGCACUGUUAUUGAGGCAGUAUAUAACCGUCUGAGCCCGUACAAGGAGGAAGAUGGAAGUGGAGCGGAUCUGGAGUGCCGCUGGUAGCUGUCCAGCACAACUGCCUGAUCAAAGAUAAAAACAAAUCGAAACACAGGACCACUAUUCCACAUGUGAUCACAUUCAUACUUUUAAUUUCACCUGGAUUUUUUUUUUUCUACACCGAUGAACUAAUCAAACAGAACCCCCUGGUUUUAGGAUUACACCCACAGAGGAGGACUCUUUUUCUUUUAUGAACAAAUUGAGAAUAAAACUGCACUACAGAACAACGUAUAGUACAAAACGAAAGGCAUAAAUAAGCACAUUCACUCUUGCCGUUUGUUUUCUUGCUUUCUCUGUGGUUUUUGUUUGUGAUUGGAGGAGACAUAAGAGCAGAGCUGCUCUGUAAGCCUUGAAACUCUAUGGUGCCUUGAUCAGACCCGAGAGAGGUGGGAGGAGCACAGGACUCUGCAGCCAGCCCCCGGUGCUGCCGCCCGGCCACUUGCAGAUGUUUUAAUGACUAUAAAAAGACACAAGUUGUUUGUGGCAUUAUUUGUUUUGAGCUUUUCUUUCGUCUGACCUGCAGUUGAUGGACCACACAAGCCAGCCACUCCCACAUAAGCUAAAGAGUCCGGUCGAGGCGUCGGGGUCUCUGUAUUACUGGUACUCCAAACGGGGCGGAACGUUGAAUCGACCCGCACGCCUCGCUCACCGGAGAGUGCCAGACCAAGCUCCCCGAUUUUAAGCUCCCCGCUGUUCAAAGACCUCUGGGUUAAAGCUGCAAGUUCAGGGCCUGAGGACCAACUCCUGAACACGGGGGAGGGAGGAGGACUUUGAGCUGUCUGGCAACCAUUUCCGUUCGGCUCCUCCAUAUGUCCAAAUGAAAACAGGAAGUGGGUUGCGGACUCGUUACACUUUGAUUCUUCUUGCACGGUUCUGCUCACUUUCUUCUUCUCUUGUCUCUUAAAUGAUGUUUGCCAAUUUUUCCUCUCUGUCUAUUUUAGCUUUGUCUUCUACAGUAACAGAAGAGACUAGUUAUUUGCAGGGCACAUUGCCAGAAUUAUAAGCUUUGAACCUGCUGUUUAAGAUAGAAAUUAUAUAUGAAAUCAUUCAUACACACACAUGCAGAGAGAUGGAUAGAGAAAUAUUUAGAAAUAUAUAUUUUGAUUUGUCUCACUCCGUAGCCACGGUGUUCAUUGUGGCCAAACGUGCGUGUGCAGUAUGAAAAAUGCCUCCUAGAUGCGCACACCGUUCCUUCACAGCAGCUUUCCAAAGACAGGGUUUGGGGGUAAGAGUUCCAGCCUCCUCUUCACUUCCACGUUCCCCCUCCAUCCCUGCACACACACACACACACACUCAGUCCUGCUCAUGCUGCUGCUCGCCUUCUCUGUCCCGUGCGCUUAAAAAAACAAGUCUCAUCUACUUUUCAGUUUCUCACCAAUGACAACAACAAUGAAAACAUCUGGGUAUGAAUUCCACUUUGUGCAGUGUAUAGGAGAGGAAAAGGAUUUAAUCCUGUCACUGUGUGAAGAAAGGAUGGUAAAGUUGUUCAGUGUCCCCACUGCAGACCUCAUGGACUUGCAUCAAUAUGCAAAAACAAUGGAUCAGAUUUUAAAAAACAAAUCUGAGAACAAUUUUUUUUCCUGUCGUUUGGGAUGAUUUUAUUUUUUAUUUUAUUUUAUUUUUAACAAAAAAAAGAUGCAUUCUUUGUUGCUUGAAGCUUUGCUUUUGGACGCCGGCCUGUUAGAUUGCUGGCUGGCUCAUGUUUUUGUGGUACACUUGCUCUCGGUGCCAUAUGACAAAUAGGUACUUGAAUGUUUAGUUCUUUUGCAGUUUUAGAAAUGAUUACUUUUUUGUUUUUGUGGUGAAGGGAGUGGGAGGUAUGGGCUCCAUAAUGGUGCAUGUUUUGUGAUUGAUGGAGGGAGUGUAUUUUGUGUGAUGCACUUGAGGGGGGGGG